AUGGUAAUUGAACGACGAAGGUGGUUCCAUCAUAAUCUUGAAGGAAUUCAAGCGGAAAAGCUUCUCCUCGAGAAAGGAGUACCAGGGAGUUUUCUUGCCAGACCUAGUCGAAGUAAUCCAGGAAACUUCACAUUAUCUGUUCGUCGCGAAGACGGUGUUACCCACAUUCGAAUUCAAAACACCGGAGAUUUUCUUGAUCUUUACGGUGGAGAAAAGUUUGCUACACUGUCUGAGCUAGUUGAUCACUACCGUGAGAAUCAAGGUCAACUGAAGGAGAAAAAUGGCUCCAUCAUCGAACUCAAAUACCCUUUAUUCUGCCAAGAUCCAAUUGCUGAAAGUUCACGGUGGUUUCACGGCCGAAUAACUGGCAAGGAAGCUCAAAAGUUGCUCCUGGAAAAGGGAAAAUACGGCAGCUUCCUUGUUAGGGAGUCCAUUCACAAACCCGAUUCAUAUGUCCUCUCUGUUGCGACCGGUGAACAGGUAUCGCACAUUCUUAUCCAUCGAAAGCCAGACAACAAGUUUGACGUUGGUGGCGGUCAUCAGUUUUCUACUCUCAAAGAACUCAUCGAUUUCUACACCGCUACUCCAAUGGUUGAGAAAAAUGGGGGACUCGUUUGUCUGAAACAGGUAAAGAUUUUUGGGAACAUGAAAGUAGUGCCCUUCAACGCAACGCGUCUCAACGUCUCCACAAUCGACAAGCGCAUACGCCAACUCGAGCGAGAAAACGUCAACGGCAAACACCUGGCUGGCUUCCUCGAGGAGUUCGAAGAGCUUCAUCAGGACUUCCAAGAUCCGAAAGCCAAGAGUCGUUCGGAGGGGGCGAAGCCCUACAACCUGGACAAAAAUCGAUACAAAAACAUCCUCCCCUUUGACCCAACACACGUCCGCCUGCACGACGGUGACCCCAACGUCCCUGGCUCCGACUACAUCAACGCCAAUUACAUCAGUUGGCCGGUGAGUGUUUUGGGUGACCGGAAGCACUCCAGCCCCUCCCCACCCUCUUCCUCCUCCUCCGCCUCCUCCAUUUCCUCCUCGUCGUCUCCGCGUUACAUCGCCACGCAGGGCACCCUACCCAACACCGUGGUGGAUUUCUGGCGCAUGAUCUGGCAGGAACGAAGUGCCAUCAUCGUCAUGAUCACCAAGGAGGUGGAACGCGGCAGGAACAAGUGUUGGCGGUACUGGCCAACGCAGGCGCAGGGCACUCUUGAGCUGCCCAGCUACGGGGGCACACUGCGUGUCCGCGGCCUGUCCGAGCACAACCUGGAGACGUACACGCUGCGCGAGCUGCAUCUCUCUCGCGACGCCAGUCCCGCCACCACUACUCCUGCUGCUAAUAAGGGGGGCUUCGUUGUCUACCACUACCAGUUCCACGCCUGGCCCGACCACGGAACACCCUCGGACCCCUCGUGUGUGCUCAACUUCAUGUUCGACAUCUCCAAGCGCCAGGAGAGUCUGGUGGAGUCUGGGCCGAUUGUGGUGCACUGCAGUGCCGGAAUCGGGCGGACGGGCACCUUCAUUGUGAUCGACAUGCUCAUCAACUACAUCAAACGUUACGGCCUCCAGUGCGACAUCGACAUCUCACGGACUGUUCAAGCUGUCCGUGAGCAGCGCUCGGGCAUGGUGCAGACAGAGACACAGUAUCGAUUCAUCUACAAGGCUGUGCAGAACUUUGUCUCCACCCUGUCCCGGCGACUUCAACUUCACAAUGAGCUUCAGCCUCUUGGUGUCGACUACACCAAUAUCAACCAGGCGCCAGCCGACCUGAUGCAAACCCAACGACCCGAAUCCAACUCUCCACCUGAACCGAACUACUCGCCAACGCCGCCACACCUCGCUGGAGGCGGCACCUUCUCCCGCAAGCCCGAUCUUUACGUUCCCCCCUCGUUAGCCGUGUGCGACCUUGUCCCCACAACCUUUGCGUCAGCGAAAUUCACCAGCUACACCUCCGGUGGUGAUUCCUCACGUGGGCCUGUUCGUCACUGUUACGUCUUCUCUCUGCCUUCGGUGAUGGGAAUCUAA